GCGUUUGACUCCGCCUCUUCGCGCUGGUAUCAAGCCCGCGGACGGGUGCUGGCUCAGUCUGGGCUGCUCGCCGCUGUCGCUCCGGGGCCGCGGGAUGACACCGCCUCCGCCCGUAUGCGCCGCCCUCGGCAUCCCGCGCGCCCGCCUCCCCAGCCCGCGGGCUCGUUCUGGGCUCCCGCUGCGGCUGCUACUGCUGCUGCUCGGGGUGGCCGCCACCACCCAAGGCCACCCGAAGAGCGGACCUCGCAUCUCCGCUAUCUGGAAAGGUGGCUUCCUGUUUGAGGGACUCUCUGAUGAAGAGGAUGACUUUCACCCAAGCACCAGGUCCACGCCCUCUAGCAGCACCCCCAGCUCCCGCCCAGCAUCCCUGGGGUACAGUGGAGCUGCCGGACCCAGGCCCAUCACCCAGAGCGAGCUGGCCACUGCCCUGGCACUGGCCAGCACGCCGGAGAGCAGCUCUCACACGCCUACUCCUGGCACCCAGGCACAGCCUGUCCACGAUCUUCUGGAUCUUGCAGAUGUUGGAGAACAUUUCAUCAUGGCUGACAAUGUCCCUGUAGAGGGUCAUGACGGCUGGAAGGAGACCGGGAUGUCUUAG